AUGAGGUCACAGAAGAAAAAUUUCCCAGAAAGCUUUAGAAAAUUUUCACUGGAACUAGGAAGCUUCAAUGGAAAGUCAACUGGUGGAGACUGGGCAGAGAGCGGCCCAGCACCGGAGAGUGAACGCCAGGACCUGAGCGGGCCAGAAGCAAGCCACGCCAAGACGGCACAGCACGGCAGGGCAACCCGCUCCGCCUCCAGCCCCUCCCCGGAGCGGUCGUCCCCACUGCCCGGGCGGGUCCCUGAGUCCGCAGCGAUCGCCGCUGGUUUCGUUUUCGUUUCCCCUCUCCGACGGGUUGCAGUGUUUCGGGGCGGGGGAGGGCAGAGGGAGGGCAGCAGCAGCGCAGCGGCCAUGGCGCUCGCCGACCUAGCACUGCAGGUUCUGUGCGCCAGCGGCGGCUGCCUGGAGCAAGGCGACCUCCGCCGGCGGCUGCCAGGCCGCCCCACGGCCGAGCAGCUGGCCCUGGUGCUGCGGGACGCGCAGCGGUUCACGGUAGUCCAGCGGCCCGCUGAGGCGGGGGCGGCAGGGGAGGUGUCGGUGGUGGUAGCUACGAGCCCCGUGCGGCUGUGCCAGGACCAUGGUGCCGGCUGCGAGGGGCAGUGCGGGCGGCUGCAUCUCUGCAAGUACCACCUGAAGGGGCUCUGUCGCAACCAGCAGGCGAGGAAGGUAUGCAAGUUUGUUCACAGCUUCCACUCGGACCACAAUCUCCCUGUUCUAAAACAGUAUGGACUUCAGAAUUUAAAUGCUGCUGAACUUCGCCAGCUUCUGUUUCAAAAUGACCCUUCCCUCUUACCAGAGGUCUGCUUGCAUUAUAACAAAGGUGAUGGACCUAAUGGAUCUUGUGUCUACAAAAAGAUAUGCACCAAACUCCACGUUUGCCAGUACUUUUUGUGGGGACAGUGCAGAUUUGGCAGCAGCUGCAAGCGAUCCCAUGACUUAUCAAAGUUGGAGUGCUAUGAAAAACUGGAGAGACAGGGAAUGAGCUCAGACAUUAUUGAAAAACUACCCUCCAUUUAUAGGAAUAUGUAUGACAUACAAAAUGGAAACAGGAACAGAUACGACACGGAAGAUGCCAAGUCUCCACCGUGUAAAGAGAGAAAAAGCAGCUCUAGCCAAGAUGAUGAAUUGGAACAGAUCUGUUUAUAUCAUCUGUACAGGAGUUGUGGCUUUAAAGACAAGUGUAUCAGAAGUCAUUUUCACUUGCCAUAUAGAUGGCAGAUCUCUGAUGGUAAUACCUGGAAGGACUUGAAGGAUAUGGAAGAAGUAGAAAAAGCGUAUUGUGACCCCAGGAAUACCAGAUACAAAAAUGGUGUUACUGAAAGUGGCUCUGUCUUGCCACCUAUCUGUUUUCUAAGUAUGUGCUGUGGGUUUGCAAAGGUUAGACGUCUUUCUACAGCCUCCUCUGUGACCAAACCCCCUCACUUCAUUCUUACAACAGAAUGGAUUUGGUACUGGAAAGAUGAAUAUGGCCUAUGGCAGGAGUAUGGGAAAAAAAAUGAGAUUCAUGAAUCUGCCACUGUUUCCAGUGAUGACCUGGAGAAAGCUUAUAUAGCUGAAGGUUCUCCAAAGCUGAACUUCAAAGCUGGAAGACAUGAAUAUGAACUCAGAUUUGGAGACAUGAUUCAGAAAAACCUUCGCUACAGAACAGAGAGAGAGGUUUGCAGAAGACCUAAAUUUUUCUCUCAGGCAGACAUAGAAAAUUUAAGAGCAAGGGGCUUUAAACACACAGAAGUGUUUAAGGGCAUUCCAGCUCACUGGGACAAAUCUGCCUUGCCUGAACUGGGAUUCAAGCUGAUUGAGCUUGACAGUUCUUCUGAAGAAUACAAGAAAGUGAUGGUAGACUUUCAACGCACAAUGCCCAAAACAGUUAUUAAAAGGAUUUCUAGAGUUCAGAACCCAUCUCUCUGGGAGCUGUUUCAAUGGCAGAAGGAACAAAUGCAGAAGAUCAAUAAUGGAAAGGCUGUGGAUGAGCGAUUUUUAUUUCAUGGGACCAGUAAGAAACACAUCGAUGCCAUCUGUCAGCAAAACUUUGACUGGAGGAUCUCUGGCCUUCAUGGGACAGUCUAUGGCAAAGGAAGCUAUUUUGCAAGGGAUGCUUCUUACUCUGACAACUACUGCAGAGAAGACAUGUACAUCAAGACCAUGUUUCUGGCACGGGUGCUGGUGGGGGAGUUCACUACUGGUAGUCCUUCAGACGUUCGGCCUCCCUUGAAGGACGACCAGAACUUCUAUGACAGUUGUGUGAAUAACCCUUCAAACCCUUCUAUCUUUGUCAUCUUUGAGAAGCAGCAGAUUUAUCCAGAGUAUCUCAUAGAAUACGUUAACAUGGCAUUGACAGAACUGCUGUAGCAGCAAAACCUAUCAUCAUUGUCUUUAGCUGGUUUUAAAAUAUUGGCUUAAGAGAGAGAAAGUUAUUUUUAGAAGUUGUAUAAUUAGGUGAGUGUUCAGAAAUAUUCUCUAUUCUUUCUGUGUAAUGGAAAAUGAGGGGUAAAAAGACAUAAAUGAUGUCUUAGAAUUCUUAAAAUCCUUUGUGUCUCCUAUUUUUUAUCAGGCAUCACAUCUCCUUGCAUUGCCAGAGAGUCUUAGAAAUUCAGUAGGUGAAUUCAGUGAUGGUUGAAACACGAGGACUGGCUGUGACUGCCAAGUUUAGAAAAUACUUUGUUAUAAUUGUUUCAGGAUAGAUUUUUACAUGUCAGAGGCUGUCUCCUCUUGCCUGUUUUAAUUAAAAAAUUGAUAAAAAUUGCCUUUUUAAUAAUCUGUUUCAUGUAACAGUAGACAUUCAGGUGUGUGCCAAUGAGACACUGCAAUUUUCUUUGUGCUCAACUCAUUGCAUAUAUUCUUGGCAGCGUUGAGUUUUGUCCCAGGGUGAAAAGGAAGAGACACACAUUUUCCCUUCUUAUUUUUCUCAUUUGAAACAAGUACCAAAGACAUGAAGCAUGUAAGGGUUGCUUGGUGCUGUGCUACUCAGUUGAAUUACUCACCAAGUAAAUUCUGUAUUUUUGGUCAGUGAGAACACAAGUUUUUCACAACUUUCACUGUGCCUACAAAUAAGAUUCUGGCUGGUGCCAUUGAGGGGAAGAAGAGGAGGCAACUGAGCUUAUCAUUAAGAAUAUCACACUUAGGUAUGAAAUGCAUUGCUUGAUUAGCAGUACCCUGUUGAGUAGCUUCAUGGUUCUCUCAGCUGCUGGGAAGGACAGUGAGUGACUGUCCCUCAUUAGGCGCACUGCCCCUUUGCUUGCAGGAAAUACACCAGCUGUCUGCAUCAUUGAAGUGUCUCGACUUCCUUGCAGGAAAAGUGUUCUUACCUGGGGAGUGGUCUUCAGCCACACAGCUGAAGCCUUGAAAAAUCUGUAGAUUAAAUUGAAAAUUGCUCCCAGCAAGAGAGGAUUAGUUUUGAGCACAUAUGUAUGCAGAUGAGAAAAAAAUCCUUGAACUGCUAAGUAUUUCUUAAGUUUAAAGUUGCUGAUGCAGAGAUACUUUAUCACAGCUUUAAUGCUCCUAAAUGAGUAUUUGUUAGCUAUAGUGUACUGCAAAAGCCUUAAGAUACAGUUUGUAUAGGACCAACAAAAUGCCUCAUUCCUACCUAUAUUGUAGAAAUACUUCUUAAUUCAUCUGGGUGAUGAC